AUGGCCCGAAUGGAUCCAAGCUAUACCGGGUCGCUACACACACCUGAAAUCGGCACCACCAACGCUGCGCCUCAGCAGACGCCGAUAGUGCCUCAGCAGAAUGGGAACCUGCCCCGUUAUACCGGUCCAGCUGUAGCCACUACAUCUCCGCAGACGCCAACAGUGCCCCAUCACAGCGGAGUUCCGCCACAUCCUACUGGUACUACCAACCCUACACCCCAGCAGGGGCCGGGAGCGCCUCAUCAGAACGGAGCCCUGCCACCCCCACCUGGUCUAGGUGUGGUCACUCCACCCUGGAUGAAGCGCAAGUUCGACGAUACAGAGGGAAACCCCUCUGUGGACGCUGAACAGCAGGCCGCAAUGGGAGAUGCUAUCGCAAAUGCGGAACACGACAGCUUCAGUACGCACGCUGCUGAUUCCACCACGCCACUGGAGCCAGCACCAAAGCGACAAAAGACCGAGGCCAACGCUGAUGAAGCUGAUACUGAUGUUGGGGUAACACCUGGCAACCACCCCAAGUGA